AUGAUAACGCCGAAACUGAUAUUUCAGUCAAUACGGCCCCAGGAUUGGUUUGCAGCAAUAGAUCUGAAGGACGCGUACUUUCAUGUGUCCAUCCUCCCUCGCCACAGACCGUUUCUGCGCUUUGCGUUCGAGGGGCGGGCAUACCAGUACAAAGGAACGAGGGUUACAUACGUAACCGAGACGGUUUCCACUGAACCUAAAGACGUGUCUGUCUACAACUUUUCCUCUUCCUCCCAGGACUCUGACUCUUCCACCCCUCCACGGGGGAAGGCGAAUAAGAAAGCAAAGUCAAAGAGGAUCAUCCCAACUAGCGGUGCUCAAAAGGCAGUAACGUUGUCACAGAUGAAGCGGGAAUGUAAAAGACUGAAACUAGAAGCAAUCAAUCAUCGAUGGGGCUUUGGUACAGAAAGUGCUGCAGACAGCAAGGAUGAAGAGGAUGAGAAGGAGAGCUCUGGAGAUGACAACCUUAGGCCUGGUAAGAGGGUGUCUUUUCAGUUCCUGGGGAGCCAACCUGAGGAACAUCAAAAGAUGAUUUCCCAAGGAGAGACUCAAGUUGUCAGUCCUGAUGAAAGCAUUAUUAACAAUGUGGAAGUUGAAGACAUUGAGACAAACUGCUCAGAUCAACUUCCAAAAUCAAAUGAAAAUACCCAAGAGCAUCCUCAUCCGUCCCCUUUUGAAGCACUGAAAAGAGCUAGAGAGGAUCAGGAUGGUGAUGAUCCACAGGGUACACCAAAAAUAUCCAGAACAACUGCACAGUCUCCGACUGAAGAUCCAACAUCUAGACACUCAGAGGAAGAGCAGAAUGUAAAAAAGGUCCCCCCAAUGUCAGGGAGAUGGUCACCAGCUACACCAGUCCUUGGGAGGAGGUCUACUAGGGUGCGAAGUAACCGGGGAAGUCCAGCAUACAUGAAAAGAAACCACAAGGGAGAGACCCCACUGCACCUGGCUGCGAUAAAGGGUGAUGUGGAGGAGGUACGCAAGCUUCUUGCUCAGGGAGCCGACCCCAACCUGAAGGACAAUGCAGGCUGGACGCCGUUGCAUGAGGCGUGUAAUCUUGGUCACCUAGGACUUGUGGAGGAACUGCUACAGCAGGGGGCGCUGUUGAACACUCCUGGAUAUCAGAACGACUCUCCACUGCACGACGCUGUGAGGAACGGGCACGUAGCAGUUGUCAAACUCCUGGUUGAGCGGGGAGCGUCUAAAACUGUACUGAAUAUGUUUGGCCUGCGGCCUGUAGAUUAUGCGCUGACUCCAGAAAUGCAGAAUGUCCUAAAAAGCGCCCCCGAGGCACCCGAUCCUGUAACAGUCGCCCUGGGGCUGUCCGACAGUCUCUGUAAGUCUUCAGGCUGUGCGUGGGAGGCCGGGGGUCCGAUGGUUCUGAUUGGCAGUCAGUUGUCACAGAGUCAGAGGACGCAGCUUGCUAAAGCAGCUCGUCUACUCGGAGGAAAACCAGUCGAGUGCUUUUCAAAUGCAGUCACCCAUGUGGUUGUACCAGAUGGUUCCAGCCUGCCGUCUACCCUGACCACACGGCUGGGCAUUCUCAAUGGCUGUUGGGUCCUCCAUUUUAACUGGGUGUGUUGUAGCCUUCAGGCAGGCAGCUGGGCUGAGGAGAGCAUGUACGAGACAGGUGAAGGCCCCCUACGUGCCCGUGUGAACAGAGACAGCCUGCUGCCUCCACUCUUUGAUGGCUGCUUCUUCUACCUGAUGGGUUCCUUCCACAAACCACCCAAAACUGAACUUCUUCAGUUGAUCAAAGAUGGAGGAGGUCAGCUUCUGAAUCGCCAGCCCAAACCCGACAGCGAUGUCACGCAGACCCUCAGUGCGGCGGCCUAUCACGCUCAGCCGGGAUCCGAUCAAAUUCUCUGCACCCAGUAUAUCUUAUAUGAUCCUCAGAGCUCCUACAAACCGACAAAGGUUCGGGUCGGAAAGGUCUGGUCGGCUACGUCGACUUGGCUUCUGGACUGUAUAGCUGCCUUUCAACUCCUGCCCGUGCCAGAGCCCUAAAUCACAUGCCUGCUGUAUUUUGAGUUCAACUUUAUGACAUUAAAUAUAGCACUUGGUCGUUUAUUAAUUUUUUUUGAAGACAGGCAUCCUUAAAACCAAUUCUAACUGCAAGCUUUUAUACUUUUGUGCUGGGGAAAAAUAAAGGGCCGCAUUAUCCCCUCAUGACUGAAGUGUCGUGUUUAAACCGAGGAGAACGUAUUUGCACGCCUUUCAAAGUCUAUUGUGCUUGUUCUUGUUUCUAGGACAAAAUAAUGCCAUCUGAAAGCAAGAAAAUUAUAAAUACGUUGCCAUUGUUAGUGACCUAUUUUAAGCAUAAUCGCAACUCGUCUGCAAACAAUUCAGGGGUUUAUUUCUCACAAAAUGUACAUCUUCAUCAGACUUGUAAAUGAAAUGCUAAUCGCUUAGAUCCUGUUCGUUUAAAAAGCAAUUGUUAUUCAUAUAGUCCAGGAAAGGGUAAUGAAUGGAUCCCGGCUUGCUUUGACUUCACAGAAGCAGAAGUGGCAUUAAGAUCAGAUAAAAACAACAACCCGAGCCAAGAGAAAAAGAGCAAUUAAUUAUCUAGUUGCAAAGUUGAUGCUUUCAAACAAACCUUUCGGUUUGCUCUUCGUUUCUCGUAGGGUUUAAAAAUGAAAGAUUUCUGGAACUCUGGCCUUUUCCCAAGAUGCAGCUUUCAAUGGGAUUAGUCAGGGAUGCUCCUAAUUGCUAUUGAUUGCUGUGAGCCGCAUUAAAUUGCUUCGCCUUAGACCUGCAGGGACGUGGAGGGAGGCAAUUAGAGGUGUGGACAGGGGUUCAUGGGGUGAUUAAUUGGAGGGUACUGAGGUCCUGUGGGUGGAGGGAAGACUCUUAAAACCUGACUUUGCAAACUUUAUUACCCUGUUUUUAAAAAAGUAAGCUUUAAAACAUACAAAGGCAUGCAUGGUGCAGAGUGUGUAGGUAGGUUUAAGAGCAAAGUUUCUUAUGUAGUGUGCUUUUUAAAUCCGUAUUUUAUGAGUCUUUUAUUGGAUCCUGGCUUUACUGGGUCUUCUUUUUAGCCUGAAUGUAUAUUUAAGGGAAAAUUGCUCACAUUCUUUGCAGUAAAAUCAUAACUUGUGCACCUUUAUUAUAGACUUUUGGGAAGUUAUCGGAUAAAAUAAUAAUUCUUUUAAGCUACGGUACCAACCAAAAUUUGGUCCUCCAUGGUGUACGUGUCCUGAUAUAUAUGCAUGCAUUUUACUGCAAAUACACUCAUGAAUGACCAAAUUCAGAAGUGUAUGUGUCAUUGCAGGAUAUAUACGGGCCAUCAAAAUGCCCGAAAAAGUUUAUGUGCUCAAAAUGGUGCAGUUCACUUGAGUAAGUGUGAACACUGCAAACCUUGGUGCACACCAAACAAGUGUAAUGAGAUUGAUAGGUUUGGUCCAUUUCUAAAUGCACUCUGGUGCUGUUCGACAAAAAUGUGACUCUGGGCCACAACACUAGUUAUAUGUCACACUGAUAUAUUUGUAGCAAUAGCCAACAAUACAUUGUAUGGGUCAAAAAUAUCGAUUUGUACCUACUAUCCUGCAAUAUACAGUUUUGUAAUAUCGUAUUGUAACCUCCUCUUUUUUAAAAUCUUUUUUUUUUUGCAGAUCUUGGGCAAUGUUGUUGUAAAAAGUUAUAAUUAAAAAUGUUCAAUAAACAAGAAUCACAAAAAAAAAAUAUAGAUUUGUAUGCCCAAAUCAUUAGGAUAUUAUGUAAA